AUGGCAGACAGAAGAUCAGCUCGGCCUACCGCAGGGCCUAGCAACCCGCCCGAAGCGCAAAGAAUCUCGGAGCCAAAGCUUAGUCGCCAGAAGCAUUGGCCAUUCGUGGCCUGUUUCAUUGGCGGAUGGGUGCAAAUGAAGCAGGAACAACUCGAAGCCAUCUGCGAGGCCACCUAUAAUAUGCCGCCGCCGUGUCCCAUAGACCCGGCCAUCUUGUUCGAUAUGCUCCGGAUUCGGCGUUUAGUCGACGACGCCGCUAGUGAUGUCGAAAGGGAGGAGGAAAGCCAAAGCUCGCCGUUUAGUCGGGAAACGCUCGGCUCGGGGGUACGGGCUCGCCUCCGCAGGCAAGCUUGCCAGAAAUUGAGUGAAGCAUACCGCAUAGACGAGCUUGUCUGUAGCAUGGCAAUGUUGAGGUGCGCUCCGAGCCUGGAGGAUGUCUCGUCUCGAGUCGUGAAGGAGAACACUGCCAAUGUCGAUGCCAACCAUGCACAGCAUUCUGAGUCUCAGUAUGAGGAGAUACCAGACGAGAAACGACCGGAUGAGAAGGCGGGGGGUCAGUCAGAACCAGGAGAGACGACACGACAGAAAGCACCUCGCAAGAAAGUGCUCGAACACGACAAGCCCGAUAGUCUUCUCGGCCAGCUUCACUUCCAUCGCGGCUCCAUCAGCCUGCAGAUGGCAUAUCAUCACAUCUCCAACAGCUUUGCUCCUGAGGGAUAUGCUUCAGAAACGCAGGAUACUUCUCCCGCAGAUCUAAGCGUCGACGAAAAGAAGCAGAUUAAGUCUCGAAAACUCGUCAAACGGUACGCCAGAUCGGCCAUGCAGGACUUCAAAGCCUUUCUUGGCAGAUUCCAAUACUCUCCUGACUGGCCCAUGGAAGCCGCCAAGGACUUUGAAGAUUUUUUCGAGGCUGUGAACGCCGCAAAGAAGCCUUCGCGCGCGCAACUGGGUCCGAGACGCCCGCCAGCGAAUAAUCGUCUAUACGCGGUUUCGCAACUCUUUGAGGCUGAAGAGAUCCCCAAUCUCCCCCCAUACCCGCCGCCAACCAUGGCAGACGAGGAACUUGGCCCAGUAACUGACCUUUUUGAUGCCGUCGUGGUCGAGUUGAAAGAAACGCCGACAGUGUGCGAGAGCGUCACAUAUCAUCCACUCCUUCUGGAAGCUCUGCACGCGUUACUCCUGUGCCAUUGCUUGGUACAGACAUCACCAACGGAGAUCCGACGCCAUGCCUACAUGGUUGCGCGCCUCUCGCGCCUCUGCGACGGCUACCCAUUAUUUAAAGUUGGUUUUUUCCCUUCGCGAUUCGACUGGAAUCAGGUCCUCUCAGAAGCACCGUUUCUUUCACUUGCAGCAGCUUGGGCGGAUCUCUGCGCUCCCAAGUGCCGCGCGGCACAAUGCAAGCUUAUAUUUGACGUUUCUACGACCGCCGCUAUCGAGAAGAAAGUUAAAACGAAAGGUGCCACCACCGAAGGAGUGACCCUGGCGGGCAUUGCACUUGGCACCCUUCACACCGAGUACAGGAAUACAUUAAUGCAGUUGUCACAAGACAAGAUCACCUCGGAUGAAAUUCUGCUUCGUGAGGCAUACCAGCCGCCAGGCAACCGCCUGGAACAGAAUGAGCUACCAGAUGCCGUGCUAAACCUAGCCACGGGCACUGGGCACGCAGGCGACGUUGUGCGGUGGCUCAACGAGGUACCUCUUGUGCGGAUGGGGCGCAAGAAGAAGUCGCGCAAAAAUGUCGCUGCGAGAAGUGAUGCCGAGGAGACAGAAGUCACCGUUGUCCCAACGGCUGAUCAAGGUGGCCGUGCGAGGAGCGAAACCAAGCAGCCAGAUGUAACAGUGGUAGAGACUACUCUACCAAUCCGAUAG